UCUAUGCUCCAGUGGCCUUAGCUCACUUCCGUGGAGGCGGGACUUCCGGCCUUCCUACAGCACUUCCGGCCAGAGCUUAAAGCUUCGCUGCUGGACAGUCUGCGGGAGGUGCCGCGGCUCAGAACACCUGGUCUCUCGGCGCGCAGAUCUUAUAUUUUGGAUUCUGGAUAUAUUAUAAUGAGUGACACGUUGACAUUGGAUGUCAUUGGUCGAAGAGUUGAAGUUAACGGAGAACAUGCAACAGUACGUUUUGCUGGUGUUGUCCCUCCUGUGGCAGGACCCUGGUUAGGAGUAGAAUGGGACAAUCCCGAAAGAGGAAAGCAUGAUGGGAGCCACGAAGGGACUGUGUAUUUUAAAUGCAGGCACCCCACAGGAGGAUCAUUUAUUCGUCCGAAAAAGGUAAAUUUUGGAAUAGACUUUCUUACUGCAGUUAAGAACCGCUAUGUGUUAGAAGAUGAACUGGAGGAAGAUGGAAAAGAACAAAUUGUUACAAUUGGAAAUAAACCUGUGGAGACUAUUGGUUUUGACUCUAUUAUGAAACAGCAAAGUCAGCUGAGCAAGUUGCAAGAAGUUUCUCUGAGGAACUGUGCAGUAAGUUGUGCUGGUGAGAAAGGAGGAGUUGCCGAGGCAUGUCCCAAUAUUAGAAAUGUUGAUUUGUCAAAAAACCUGUUGUCGUCUUGGGAUGAAGUGAUACACAUUGCUGAUCAGCUCAGACACCUGGAAGUCCUUAAUCUCAGGUACGAACUUCUGGUUGCCGAAUUUCACAAUAAAUGCUCCACCAGCAACUGUGUCAUCAGUGGUAAGGACCACGCAUCCAUGUGGAUGAACGUGGCCGAGGCCACCAAGGUCAUGAGCAGGUUUAACAUCCACUUUAAAACCUGUGCUUAUCUGCAGGACUGUUUAACAGAAGUCAAACAGCAGAAAGGUUCUCACAUCCUUAUCUUGUUAGAAGUUCAGCUCUUGGAAUCCACUGUUCGUUUUAUACAGCGGGGCGCAGAAGUAGAUUUGUGGGUCCUUGCACAGCAGCAUUUGGGACUUAUAUCUGGCACUACUAUUUCCUGUCAGAGGUGUACUGACUUCACACACCCAGAGCAUUCCACUGUCAAACCAAGGCAAGGGUGUAGAAAUACAUUCCCAGCCAUGUUCACCCGGGAAGUGCCACAGAGGCCGCUCAAUGAGAGACAAAUCAAGAGGUCAACAGCAGGCGUGGGGAGCCGAGUCUUCUGUGCUCAGGCCCUCACGCUGCAGACGCCCCCUAGAGGAGCAUUCCUGCCCUUCCAGCAUUCCCUGCAGCACAGCCGGACGGGACAGGCAGCAGCCCAGGAGAGGCUCUAUGCACGGAUUUCAAAAUCUGUUUUCCACGCUCUGCCCUUACAAUUUUUUGAAACAUUUUAUUUUCCAUACAGGCCAACAGAUGUUCUCCAGACAAUCAAGUUAUUAGACCUUUCCUCUAAUCAAUUAAUUGAUGAAAAUCAGCUGUUUCUGAUAGCCCACCUGCCCAGGUUAGAACAAUUAAUCCUCUCUGACAUUGGAAUUUCUUCGAUACAUUUUCCGGAUGCUGGAAUCGGGUGCAAAACAUCCAUGUUCCCGUCCUUGCGGUACCUUGUAGUAAAUGACAAUCAGAUAUCACAAAUUCUCCCAGAGGAGAGGUGGGGAGCUGAGCUUGACUACCGAAGAGCUUUUGGAAACGAGUGGAAAAAGGCUGGUGGACAUCAGGACCUGGACAAAAACAGACUCAGCGAAGAAUUCCUCAUGGCCCAUCCUAGAUACCAGUUCCUCUGCCUGAAAUAUGGUGCACCUGAAGAUGGGGAACUCAAAAGACAACCACUUAUGCUCAAAAACCAGCUACUAACACUGAAGAUAAAAUACCCUCAUCAACUUGAUCAGAAAGUCCUAGAGAAACAACUGCCAGGCUCCAUGACAAUUCAAAAGGUGAAGGGAUUGCUGUCACGUCUUCUCAAAGUUCCGGUGUCAGAUCUUCUGUUGUCCUAUGAAAGUCCCGAGAAGCCGGGCAGAGAAAUUGAGCUGGAGAAUGACCUAAAGUCAUUACAGUUUUAUUCUGUGGAAAAUGGAGAUUGUCUGCUAGUGCGAUGGUAACAACCAACUAAUAAAAUUUAGAGACUACACUGCUUAUGUCUGGGGUUCACCAGAAAUAAAUGCUUCACUGGAACAAUUCUGCCCAAAAAAAGUGGGGGGGGUUACUACUUGCCCUAAGUAUAACAAGGGACGUAGUUUAACAAUGGAUGUAUUUUUUUGUCGGGAAGCGACCAUUUCUAGGCUAAUACAUAAUAGCUAUAAUAAAGGCUUUGAACCUACUAA